UGUCGUGCAGUUCAUCUCGCCGAGCGCUCGGCGGUGCGGGAAUUAAUUAAUCAAAUACGGCAUCGAAUCGAACGUUUGUUGUGGUUUGGUGUAUCGGUCAAGGAGUCAAUUAAACAAAAAGGGGGCGAGAUAGAGCUUUGUUCGCCUUCCUUGUGCGGCAAAUGAUAGUGAAGGAUUGUUCGAUUCGUUUGUGUGAUGAACCAGUGACAAGAGUGUUUUUGACGUGUUAAUUAAACAAUAAUUAAGGGGAUUAAUUUAAUCGUUUAAAGGUUUACAGGACUUUUAAAAUGAUUAAACUGAUGCUCAAAAGUAAGUGGCGUGUAAUAAUACCUAAAAACUUCAAAUGUUAAAGGGCUACGAACUAAUUGCAGGACCUUCUGCGAUCAGUCCUCGCUAUGGCAACUUUCUGUUCGGACUCUUAUGCGGAUGGAUUCUCUCAAGAGCGAUCCAUGUUUGGACAACUUCUGGAUGGAUUACCGCCCCCAAUGCACAAAACAAUUCCCCUGCUUUCAACUUAAGCGAAAGUGUUCGUGUGCUCUGCUGGGUAAUGACCACGCCGGAUAACCACCAGGAAAAGGUGAUCCACAUCCAAGCUACCUGGGGAGCUCGGUGCAACAAACUGCUGAUCAUGAGCUCCGUCGCUGAUCCGUCGAUCGGAAGCAUCGCUCUACCGGUCGAGGAAGGCCGCAAGAGUCUGUGGAAUAAGACGCGAGAAGCAUUCCGGUACAUCUACAACCAUCAUCUCGAUGAGUACGAUUGGUUCUUCAAGGCGGACGACGACACGUACGUCGUGGUGGAGAAUCUGCGCUACUUCCUGUAUCCGUAUUCACCGCAGCUGCCGAUCUAUUUCGGGAGCAAGUUCCGCUAUCCGGAGUAUGUGAAGCAAGGAUACUUUUCUGGUGGUGCUGGCUAUGUGCUGAGCCGGGAGGCAGUGAGACGUUUCAACGAACAAGCACUCGGGGAUGUGCAGCACUGUUCGGCAGCCUACGAUACGGAGGAUCUUGAAAUGGGAAAGUGUAUGGAAAGUGUGAAUGUAACGGCCGGUGAUUCCAGGGACAGCUUAGGCCGUAAGCGAUUUCUUCCGAUGGAACCUGUUUUUCAUCUCACCAGCUCGGUGACAGAGGAUCCUGACUUUUGGUACAACCAAUACUCGUACUAUAAGCCCUUUUACGGCAAGAACUGUUGCUCGGAUCUGGCUAUCAGCUUCCAUUACGUUCCCGGGAAGCAUAUGCACAUGAUGGACUAUCUGAUUUACGAUCUACACGCGUGGGGUAGGAGAUACCAAGACGCACCACUUGCCAAAGCAAAAACACUCCAAGAAGCGAUUGCCGUUGCUGGACCAUAUCUGAUCAGUACUUUACGGCCAAAAACUGAGAUGAGUGUAGUAUCCACCGUAGGUAUGGAGGAAGCAUCUUCUACGAUAAAACCUUAGUGAAAUAGUGAAGCUCAA